AUGCCGUCAGUGCAGCACUCCGUGCAGCAUGCGGGCUUUGUGGAUUAUGGGGACGAAGGGGUCAAUGAUGCCAGGUGGCUCUCUGCUUCGCCUGGCCUCGUGACUGCCAGUGGCAAUGGCAGUGUGGCUGUGUGGGACGUCUCUUUGGCCGAUCCCCUCACUGCCUUCUCCUUCGCACACACUCGAUCUAUCAACACUGUAAAGCAGUCCACAUGCCUGGCUGACAAGGCUGUUGCUUUGGCGUCCCCCUCCCUGCAUGGCAGGUGGCGGGGCCACCCGGUGACGCCUGCAUUGCCUUUUGAGGCGUCUCAAAAGCCUUUUCUCUGCUCCUCCUCCCCCUCCCUCCAUGACCAGGUGGCAGUGGCACCCGAUGAUGCCUGCAUUGCCACCGGAGGGGAUGAUCAGAAAGUGGUGAGCGCAUUUCUCUCCCCUCUCCUCCAUUCCUAG